GAUGGCGCGAUCGAAUUCGAGGAGUUCAUUCGAGCUCUCUCUGUGACAUCGCGGGGAAACUUGGAUGAGAAACUAGUGUGGGCAUUCAAACUUUACGACGUGGACAACGACGGAUACAUUACGCGGGAAGAAAUGUACAGUAUUGUAGACGCCAUAUACCAGAUGAUGGGUAAUAAAGCACAACCAGAAACGGAAGAGGAUAACCCCAAGAGAAGAGUGGAUAAAAUUUUUGAACAACUGGAUAAGAACCACGACAAUAAGUUAUCAAUGGAGGAAUUCCGGGAAGGAUCGAAACAAGACCCCAAGAUUGUCCAAGCCUUGUCCCUCUACCCAUCAUGAGUACUGCCUUUAUUUUUCAAAAAUUCCAUCUUUUUGCGAGCCUUAUUAUCGUUUUUAAGAGGUUUUCUGUGUCAUCAACAGUCUGAUUUCAGCCAAUUCUGUUUACAUUUGGUUUAAAGUUUAUCAACCAUGCGAUGAUACUCAUGAUAUUUUAUUUUCGUUAAGCGUAAGCGAAGUCUCUAUUGUUAAAAUAACAAAUUAUUAUUAAUAUACUCAGCAUGUUCUCUUCCCCUUUCAGAAGUUAUUCCCGUAAUUACAAAGUUUUUGUCUUGAAUUAGCUUUUAACGGAACAUGAAGUAAACAUCGUUGUUUAAAAAAAAAAAGUUUAUUUCUAUAGUAACAUUAAAUUAAAAUAACUUUGCUGUACCGGCAACAUUAAUUGUCAUGACAAUAACUAUAAUAACUUACCUAAUAGAAUGUAAACUAAUGCCAUUGUUAAAUUUAAAUGAAGGCAAAUAAUUUAAAUUACAAUUUACAUUAUGGAAAUUCGCUUGGUGUACUUAGUCUGACAUUAUGGAUGCGGACAUUUAACAAUAAAGGUGAUUAUGACUGCGGUUAACUAAACGAUAAAGGGAUUAUGAAUGCGGUCCUCUGACAAUAAGGGGAUUAUGACUGCGGUUUAUUAACAAUAAAGGGAUUAUAACAGCGUUGAUCUAAAAACAAAGGUGAUUAUGACUGCGGUUUAUUAACAAUAAAGGGAUUAUGACUGCUAUCAUCUAACAAUAAAGGUGAUUAUGACUGCGGUUUAUUAACAAUAAAGGGAUUAUGACUGCGGUUUAUUAACAAUAAAGGGAUUAUGACUGCGGUUAACUAAACAAGGGAUUAUGACUGCGGUUUAUUAACAAUAAAGGGAUUAUGACUGCGGUUUAUUAACAAUAAAGGGAUUAUGACUGCGGUUAACUAAACAAUAAGAGGAUUAUGACUGCUAUCAUCUAACAAUAAAGGUGAUUAUGACUGCGGUUUAUUAACAAUAAAGGGAUUAUGACUGCGGUUAACUUAACAAGGGAUUAUGACUGCGGUUAACUAAACAAGGGAUUAUGACAGCGUUGGUCUAAAAACAAAGGUGAUUAUGACUGCAGUUUAUUAACAAUAAAGGGAUUAUGACUGCAGUCAUUUAACAAUAAAUGGAUUAUGACUGCGGUUGACUAACAGUAAAGUGAUUAUGAUUGCAGUCACGUAAGAAUAAAGGGGAAAUGGAACAUAUGGGAAACAAAAACAUAUUUUUCAAGAUAAUCUUUUAUUGUUUAGCUGUGAUCUAGUAUCUGUAGAAUCUAGUCUGUCUUGAUGAAAACCUCGUUGUUGUUGUUUUUUUUUGUCCUUUAAAUGUAAGGUGUGCGCAGCAUUAUUUUAACGCCAAAUAUUACUAAAUUUUCUAGACAUUCUUUCGAUUAGAUAGUAAGAUUUCAACAUUUAUGCAAUCCCUAGUGACUUUUGUCAAAGCUAGUGAUACUGAGUAGUUUUCAUCAGUAGAUAUAGAGAACUACGUAUAUAAUAAUAGCAUUGUCUGGUUUUGUACUAGCAUGUAAAGACAACGAUUACACGUUAAUAUGAGAACAAUACGAAUGACAGACAAGGAUAUUAUAGUGUUAUAAUAGCAAGUGUUAAAAGCAGGAUCGUAUAAAAUCACUGAAGACCUUGCUUAUUUACUGGAAGAAGAGUAAAGGGCAAGUAAUUUAUACAGUUACCAUUAGAAUAGCACUGAAGAGAAAAGGCAUAGGAGAGACGUAAUAGCUUGAAAGGAAUGGAUUGUUCAGAAAUACGUUAAUAAACCUAUUUGGAAAGUUUAGUUUAUCAGUUGGAUAUGUUGUUUCAGAUUAUACACUUUGUAAACAAAACACUUAUUUUACGUUUCUGACAAUAAGUAGCAGAAAUCUGGAUAAAUAAACUAGAAAAGCGUCUACUCUUUCCCACAAUGGAAUUUACUAACCUAUUGGGUCGAUUCUGUGAUAUAGCCAACUACAUACCAUAGUGAAAAAACAAGUGUUUGACUGCUAUUUCUUAUCAUAUAAACAUCAGUGAAACAGUGGUAUCUGAUAGGGCGUUAUUGUGUUUAUAUAAACCUUAGUAAAACAUGUGACUUUCCGUUAUUACAUGCCAUAUAUAUCUUAAUAAGUAUCUUGGUUAUUAUUAUUGCGUGUUAUAUAAACUUCAUUAUAACACCGUAUAUUUUGUGGAAACCCGAUUUUUAUUUUUAGUUAACUGCGUUUUAUUUAAAGUAAAACCCAAUAUUUUAUUUUAUAUUAACCGCAAAGAAGUUUAGUUUAGUUUGUCAUUACUGUGUAAUAUGUAAACAUUUUCGUCCCAUUACUGCAUACUUUUGAGAUUUAUUAAAACGGUUUUUCAUUGUAUUGGCAGUUAAAUAUUUAUAAACUUUUUUUAUAAAUCGUAUAUUAAAAUAUCGUUAGCCCCAUAAUAAUGUUUUUGAAUUUUGGUGCUUAAAGCUUAUAUUUUGAACAAAACAGACGAUGUUCUUCUAUUAAUACAGGUUGACCUAACGAUGUUAAUUUUUAGUAUAUAUAUAUAUAAGUGUCAUGUAAUACUUCGUUAACCAAUAAUUUUUCCACACGAACGUCCAAUAAAAGAUAACCUUGAUACUAUUGCAAUCGUUACUAUGGGCACAAUACUCAGGGUUAUGUCUAAUUUAGUAAUGUGAAGCUUCACGCAAAUUUAUCGUGACCAUGGCAACGAAAUAGCUGAAAGAUGUACGAUUGAAAACAGAAAGAUAAUUACUGCAACCUUAACAACGAAAUUAAUGAGUGAUAAACAACUGAGAGCAAAAAUAUAAAUAUAAUAACCAUUACAACGAAAUUAAUGAAACGUCUACGACCCAAGUUGUGUUUUCGAUUAAAUGAACCACGGAAAAAGAGAAAAAAGCAUUUCGUGAGUGCAAGGUAAGCCUAACAUGAGGUCCGUCGUAUAGUGUACUCUCGUCCCUACGCAAGUUUUCCCAAAAAAAAUUUAAGCAAUUUUGAAAUGCACUUUAGUGUUAUUUUAAAACAAACAGUUGGUUUACAAGAGUUAACUAUUGUUAGAUGUUAAGUAGCGUGACUGUCUUAUUAAAAAAUAUGUUUUAUUUACAUGGCCAUGAUCAUUUAGUUACACAGCAGUAAUGCGCUAUUAAGUUUAGAGAGCUGAUAUUAUGUUUUUCAAUGUAAUUUGAACUGUGACCUUUUAUACUUUUAUCAGUGGUGAUGUUAUGCUGCAUCUUCGUGCAUUUGUGACUGGCAACUUCCGAGAAUAAAAUUUAUUUUUAUGUUUGUCUAAGCCAUUUAAUGAUGCAUGUCAAGUUACUGUGUGCAGACUUCAUUACGUUUGAAAAAAUAACAUUAGAACGUAAAAUAGAUAGUUUAAUUUGUUAUUUGAUGUGCAUGUGUUGGAAAAUGGAGUUCAACUUUUGGUUCAAAUAAAAAUGUCACUCUUUAACCAUCA